CAAUUUUUAAAAAAAAAAUAUUAAAAUAUAACACCACUUGAAAAUAAUUUUUUUUCAUUAUUUAAAUUCAUUUUACAUUUUAAUUGAUAAUGUCUUUGCCAAGAAAAAUUAAAAAUAUACCAAGGUAAUCAAUAAUAAUAAUAACAUAUCAUCAUGAUAUUAUCGAUUGAUAGUAAUUUUACAGAAUAUCAUCCAAAAGUACAUCAUUCAUUAGGUACAUUAUAUAGUGUUGCACCAAUCAUUAUUUUAAUUAUUGGAAUACCCGGUAAUUUAUUAUCAAUGGUUAUUUGGUUAAGACGUUUAUCUACAACAGUUGGUUCAACAAGUUUAUUAAUUGGUAUUAUGUGUAUGACUGAUACAUAUGUGAUAGCACAUGGUUGUUUAAGACAAUGGAUAAUUGGUAUCACUGAUGAAAAGGUGGAUAUACGUAUCAAAUUUGGCUGUGGUAUACCAUUAUUCUUGUUCACUUUUUCAACAGAUUUAUCAACAUGGAUAAUCAUUUUAUUAUGUAUUGAAAGAGCUGUAUGUGUUUGGACUCCAAUCAGAUUUAAACAAUGGUGUAAAUUAGAACAUGGAAUAACAGCUUUAAUUUUUGUUGUAUUAUGUUUGGCCAGUGUGAAUAUUCACUAUGUAUGGACUGUAUAUGUAAAAGAUAAUUCAUGUGCACCGAAACAAGAGUAUAAAGCGUUUCAUUUAUACUGGCCGUAUAUUGAUUUUGCAAUUUAUUCAUUUAUUCCAUUAGCUUUCAUACUACUAGUAAAUAUAAGUAUUAUAUGGAGGAUGAAAACUACAAAUGUAUCAACAAAAAACACACAAAAUUCAAUAAUACCAAGAGUAGCACUUAUAAGUGAUAGUUCAGAACAAACAUCUUUAAAAUCGCGUACUUUACAUAAAGACAAGUCGUCAUCAGCUCGUGAACAACGUUCUGCACGAGUAUUACGCACAGUAGUUUGUAUGACUAUAAGUCAUUUUUUAUUAACAAUGCCAGUAGUAUUCUUUUAUUUAUUUGAAUCGAAAUUUUGUAUUGACAAUAAAGAUUGGAUAAAUGUCUGUGAUACAAUCGAAAGAGUAACAGUAAUAUUACAAAUGAUUAAUCAUAUGACACAUUUUUUUAUUUAUUCUUGUACAUCAAGUGUAUUUUUGUCAGAUUUAAAUCGUUUAUGUAAAAAUCAUCCAUUGAAAUGUUGUCGAUCGGUAAAUACAAUGAAUACUCGACUUGUUAAUACAUCUGUUAAUGUUGUAGAUAAUCAUGCAGUGAAUUAUUCACAAGCUUCACCAAACUAGAAAGCAAUAAAAAAAGGCGUUGACCUCUUUCAGUUGAACCUAAUCAAUGUUGAUUUAUCAAGAUCCCAACUAUUUGAAAAGAAACCAAUUACAUUGGUCCUCAUUCAUACUAUUUGUCUACAACAUUUAUAAAGUUAAUAUAUCACGUUUGAAACACGUUUUAACAUUCAUUCUGUGUUUAAAAAUGAAUGAAUUUAUGUGAAUAUAUAUACAUUGACUGUCACUUACUGCUAUUUAUCGUUUUUUUACUACGUAUUUGACAAUUACAGUUGCUUACAGAUUUUUCAUUGUUGGCGAUACAUCCAUCAUUUUGUAUGUUGUAAAUCUGGACUACAUUGUACAAUGUUCAAUCUUCGAAAGAUAGAUACAGUGUAACAUGGAUAAGAAUGAGUUUAUCAAAUAUAUAUAUAUAUAUAUAUAUAUGCAUAAUGUGUUUAAUCAUCUUUUUAUUUUUACAAUAAAAUGAAUCUAAU